AUGCUUAACAAUCUAAAAGCACUUUUCUGUAUCACUGUAAUAUUGCUAUUGGCAAUACUAUUGAGUGUGUAUUUACUUUACAAUAGAAGGAUAACUGGAAAGAACAUUUUCAUUAUUGGUGGUACUUCUGGCUUGGGGCUUUCUCUUGCAAAGUACCUUUACUCUUUGGGUAACAACAUAGUAAUAACAUCGAGAAAGAAUGAGAAUUUGGAUAAUGUUCUCAAAUCCUUUGAGAAAUCUCAGAUUUCCACAAUUUCAGGAAGAGUAUUUGACUCUCUUCACGAUUUAAUUAAUGUUGAAGAGAACUUUGAUUACAUUUUUUACUGUCCAGGAAUGGCUGUGCCUGGAUAUUUUAAAGAUCAAAAUGAUGAUAUUUUUGAGAUACAAAUUAAGCUUAAUUAUUUAGGAAUGAUAAGGUCGCUAUAUCACUUUAAGAAAUGUAAUAGAUUCCCCUUUAAGUUCAUUAUGGCUUGUUCUACCACUGCCUUGUUUACAUUUCCUGGAUAUUCCUCUUAUGCUCCAUCAAAGGCAUGUCUUAGAUCAUUUUUUGAGAGUGCUAGAUAUGAACUAAAGGCAGAGAACGUGAAUUUGAAAAUUCUGUACUGCUGUGCCAUGAAUACGCCUGGUCUUAAAAGGGAAAAUAUGACCAAACCCUCAUUUACAAAGGGAGUUGAGUAUUCCAGUAUUAUUGCUGAUCCUGACAAAAUAGCCAAGUAUUUUGUAGACAAUUUAAAUAAGAGAGAUUCACACUCCUACGACUGGUUUACGUAUUUUAUAAUGAUUAGGAACGAUUGUGAGAAUGGUUUGGAUUAUUUAUUAUUUCCCUUUUCUGUUUUAAUUGCUUUUGUCGCAAAAAUGUAUAUGAGAAGGAGAUUUAAGAUAGCUAAAUUUAAUAAACUAAGUUAA